AUGGUGGUAAAAUCGUGGGCCCCACAGGUGGCCGUGUUGAAACGGGAAUCGGUAGGUGGGUUCGUGACUCACUGCGGUUGGAACUCAGCUUUGGAAGCAGUUUGCGAAGGGGUGCCAAUGCUUGCAUGGCCCCUCUACGCAGAGCAGCAUAUGAAUAAGGUGUUUAUGGUGGAGGAGAUGAAGAUUGCCCUCCCAUUAGAAAUGGAUGACAAGGGGUUCGUAAAGGCGUCUCAGUUGGAGAGGGGGGUUCGAGAGCUUAUGGAAUCAAAACAAGGAAAGGCCCUCUCUCAACGGCUCUUGGCUAUGAAAGAAAGUUCGCUGGCAGCUAUGAGUGAGGGCGGCUCUUCUUAUACAGCCUUAACUGAGUUAGCCCAGUUAUGGACUGGAGGUUGA